AUGGUCGGCCCACGCACCAAGCGCAUGAGCUCACGCCUCGCCAACCCGAAAUACUCCAACCCUCAAGAGGAGGAGGAAGACGACGACUCGGGUGACGCUGGAAGACGCCGGCCACCUGCGAAGCGCAGCGGGUCGGCCCGCGAGUCGACGACAAGGAAGACACCAACCCGGAAGAAGAGCAAAGACCAGCCCUCGGUACCCUUGCCCCGUAACGAGCUUGAUGCCCCAGAAGACGGCUACUGGGACGACUCUGGGAAGUGGGUCGAGGGCCCUCGGCCUGCUUCUGCCGCCGGCUCGAUGGGAGACCAACAGGCUGCCUUCAAGCAGCCGACCAACACCAACUUACCACCGCCGCCUCCCCUGACGGCCGCUCAGCGCGUCAAGGCCCGUUUAGCUGCCAGCUUCCCAAGCUACGACGAGAUCCUCCCCAAGCCCCCUCCUCCUCCACCCCCGCCUGCCCUCGGUACUCGAGCCCGCGCCAAGACCGAGUAUCGCACCAGCACCGUCACCGAGUCGUCGACCUCGACCACCUAUCGCCAGUUCAAGGCCCAUAAUGGGGCCCACUAA